GCGUUUCCGCCCGCGCUGGGUCGGCGAGGGAAGGGGGAGCUAUUCUCCGUGCCCGCCGCCGCCGCUACUCCGGAUCCCGGUCCCUCCCCCGCGCCGCCGCCCCGCCCCGCCCCGCGCCGCCGCCCGGGGAUCUUUGUCUGGCGGUCUCGCGCGCGCUCGCUGGCUCGCGGCGGCUCCUGGGCGCGGGCCGGGCCUGAGGCGGCGGGCGACGCCCGGGGCCAUGGUGUGAGCGCAGCCGCCGCCGCCGCCGCGCACGCUCGCCGCGCUCCGCAGCCGCGGCCGGUGGAGCCCGGACGGCUAGGCCGGGCGGGACCGCGCGAAGAUGGCGAACGACUCCCCCGCCAAGAGCCUGGUGGACAUCGACCUCUCGGCGCUGCGGGACCCCGCCGGGAUCUUCGAGCUCGUGGAAGUGGUCGGAAAUGGCACCUACGGACAAGUAUACAAGGGUCGACAUGUUAAAACGGGUCAGCUGGCGGCCAUCAAAGUCAUGGAUGUCACCGAGGAUGAAGAGGAAGAAAUCAAACUGGAGAUAAAUAUGCUGAAGAAAUAUUCUCAUCAUAGAAAUAUUGCAACGUACUAUGGUGCUUUCAUCAAGAAGAGCCCCCCAGGACACGACGAUCAGCUCUGGCUGGUGAUGGAGUUCUGCGGGGCAGGGUCCAUCACAGACCUCGUGAAGAAUACCAAAGGGAACACGCUCAAGGAAGACUGGAUCGCCUACAUCUCCAGGGAAAUCCUCAGGGGCCUGGCACACCUCCACAUCCAUCAUGUGAUCCACCGGGACAUCAAGGGCCAGAACGUGCUGCUGACGGAGAACGCGGAGGUGAAGCUUGUGGAUUUUGGGGUGAGCGCUCAGCUGGACAGGACGGUCGGUCGGAGAAACACGUUCAUUGGCACUCCCUACUGGAUGGCACCCGAGGUCAUCGCCUGCGAUGAGAACCCUGAUGCCACCUACGACUACAGAAGUGACCUUUGGUCUUGUGGCAUUACGGCCAUUGAGAUGGCAGAAGGUGCUCCCCCCCUCUGUGACAUGCAUCCAAUGAGAGCGCUGUUCCUCAUCCCCAGGAACCCUCCGCCCCGGCUGAAGUCAAAGAAAUGGUCAAAGAAAUUUUUUAGUUUCAUAGAAGGGUGCCUGGUGAAGAAUUACAUGCAGCGGCCCUCCACAGAGCAGCUUUUGAAGCAUCCUUUCAUACGGGAUCAGCCAAAUGAAAGGCAAGUUCGAAUCCAGCUUAAGGACCAUAUAGACCGGACCAGAAAGAAGAGAGGAGAGAAAGAUGAGACGGAGUACGAAUACAGUGGAAGUGAGGAGGAGGAGGAGGAAGUGCCUGAGCAGGAAGGAGAGCCAAGCUCCAUUGUCAAUGUGCCCGGGGAGUCCACGCUGCGCCGCGACUUCCUGAGGCUGCAGCAGGAGAACAAGGAGCGCUCCGAGGCGCUGCGGAGACAGCAGCUGCUGCAGGAGCAGCAGCUCCGGGAGCAGGAGGAGUACAAGCGGCAGCUGCUGGCCGAGCGGCAGAAGCGGAUCGAGCAGCAGAAGGAGCAGAGGCGGCGGCUGGAGGAGCAACAAAGGAGAGAGCGGGAGGUCAGGAGGCAGCAGGAACGUGAGCAGCGGAGGCGAGAACAGGAGGAGAAGAGGCGACUGGAGGAGCUGGAGAGGAGGCGUAAAGAGGAGGAGGAAAGGAGACGGGCGGAGGAGGAGAAGAGACGUGUGGAGAGGGAGCAGGAGUAUAUCAGGCGACAGCUCGAGGAGGAGCAGCGGCACCUGGAGAUCCUUCAGCAGCAGCUGCUCCAGGAGCAGGCCAUGUUACUGGAGUGCCGCUGGCGGGAGAUGGAGGAGCACCGGCAGGCAGAGAGGCUCCAGAGGCAGUUGCAACAAGAACAAGCAUAUCUCCUGUCUCUACAGCAUGACCACCGGAGGCCGCCCCCGCAGCACACGCAGCCGCCCCAGCCCCCGCUGCAGCAGGAGCGGAGCAAACCGGGCUAUCACGCUCCCGAGCCCAAGCCGCACUACGACCCUGCAGACAGAGCCCGAGAGGUGGAAGAUAGAUUUAGGAAAACUAACCACAGCUCCCCCGAAGCCCAGGCUAAGCAAACAGGCAGAGUAUUGGAGCCGCCAGUGCCUUCCCGGUCAGAGUCUUUUUCCAAUGGCAACUCCGAGACUGUGCACCCCGCCCUGCAGAGAUCAGCGGAGCCGCAGGUACAGUGGUCCCACCUGGCGUCUCUCAAGAGCAGUGUUUCCCCUGUCUCGCGAUCCCAUUCCUUCAGCGACCCUUCUCCUCCCAAAUUCGCACACCACCAUCUUCGUUCCCAGGACCCAUGUCCGCCUUCCCGCAGUGAGGCGCCCAGUCAGAGCUCCGACCCUAAGUCGGAGGGGCCCGACCCCGCCCCAAAGGCUUGGUCUAGAGCAGACAGUGACGAGGUGCCUCCACGGGUUCCUGUAAGAACAACAUCUCGCUCCCCUGUCCUGUCCCGUCGCGAUUCCCCACUGCAGGGCAGUGGGCAGCAAAACAGCCAAGCAGGACAGAGAAACUCUACCAGCAGCAUUGAGCCCAGGCUCCUGUGGGAGAGAGUGGAGAAGCUGGUGCCCAGACCUGGCAGUGGCAGUUCCUCAGGGUCCAGCAACUCUGGGUCCCAGCCUGGCUCCCACCCCGGCUCCCAGAGCGGCUCUGGAGAGCGCUUCCGAGUGAGAUCGUCAUCUAAGUCAGAAGGCUCUCCAUCUCAGCGUCUCGAAAAUGCAGCAAAAAAACCUGAGGAUAAGAAAGAAGUGUUCAGAGCCCUCAAGCCUGCUGACCUGACUGCACUGGCCAAAGAGCUGCGCGCAGUGGAGGACGUUCGGCCACCCCACAAAGUGACGGAUUACUCAUCCUCCAGUGAGGAGUCGGGGACGACAGACGAGGAGGACGACGAAGGGGAGCACGAUGGGGCUGAGGAGUCCACCUCGGGGCCCGAGGACACCAGAGCAGUGUCGUCCCUGAACCUGAGCAACGGCGAGACGGAGUCAGUGAAGACCAUGAUCGUGCACGAUGACACGGAGAGUGAGCCGGCCCUCACGCCGUCCAAGGAGGGCACACUGAUUGUGCGCCAGAGUACAGUUGACCAAAAGCGUGCCAGCCAUCAUGAGAGCAAUGGCUUUGCCGGUCGCAUUCACCUCUUGCCAGAUCUCUUACAGCAAAGCCAUUCCUCCUCCACUUCCUCCACCUCCUCCUCCCCAUCCUCCAGCCAGCCGACACCCACCAUGUCCCCACAGACACCCCAGGACAAGCUCACUGCUAACGAGACUCAGUCCGCUAGUAGCACACUCCAGAAACACAAAUCUUCCUCCUCCUUUACACCUUUUAUAGACCCCAGAUUACUACAGAUUUCUCCAUCUAGCGGGACAACAGUCACUUCUGUGGUGGGAUUUUCCUGCGAUGGAAUGAGACCGGAAGCCAUAAGGCAGGAUCCCACCCGGAAAGGCUCAGUGGUCAAUGUGAACCCCACCAACACUAGGCCGCAGAGUGACACCCCUGAGAUUCGUAAAUACAAGAAGAGGUUUAACUCAGAGAUCCUGUGUGCUGCCUUGUGGGGGGUGAAUCUGCUCGUGGGCACAGAGAGUGGCCUAAUGCUGCUGGACCGAAGUGGCCAGGGGAAAGUGUACCCUCUGAUCAACAGGAGGCGCUUUCAGCAGAUGGACGUGCUCGAGGGCUUGAAUGUCUUGGUGACAAUAUCCGGUAAAAAGGAUAAGUUACGUGUCUACUAUUUGUCCUGGUUAAGAAAUAAAAUACUUCACAAUGACCCAGAAGUCGAGAAGAAGCAAGGCUGGACCACUGUGGGUGACCUGGAGGGCUGUGUCCACUAUAAAGUCGUAAAAUAUGAAAGAAUCAAGUUUCUGGUGAUUGCUUUGAAGAGCUCCGUGGAAGUCUAUGCAUGGGCGCCGAAGCCGUAUCACAAGUUCAUGGCCUUCAAGUCCUUUGGAGAGCUGGUGCACAAGCCCUUGCUGGUGGACCUCACCGUGGAAGAGGGCCAGCGGCUGAAGGUGAUCUAUGGGUCCUGUGCGGGUUUCCACGCCGUGGAUGUAGACUCAGGAUCCGUGUACGACAUUUAUCUACCCACACACAUCCAGUGCAGCAUCAAGCCACAUGCCAUCAUCAUUCUGCCCAACACGGACGGCAUGGAGCUGCUGGUGUGCUACGAGGAUGAAGGCGUGUACGUGAACACGUAUGGCAGGAUCACCAAGGACGUGGUGCUGCAGUGGGGAGAGAUGCCGACGUCUGUGGCCUACAUCCGGUCCAAUCAGACCAUGGGCUGGGGUGAGAAGGCCAUCGAGAUCCGAUCAGUGGAAACCGGCCACCUGGAUGGCGUAUUCAUGCACAAGAGGGCGCAGAGACUCAAGUUCCUGUGCGAGCGCAAUGACAAGGUGUUCUUCGCCUCGGUGCGCUCGGGCGGCAGUAGUCAGGUCUACUUCAUGACCCUGGGCAGGACGUCUCUGCUGAGCUGGUGAAGCGGCGCCAACCCUUGUGGGCCUGAGACUCGGAAUUCCUGCAGCUGGAGCUCCCGCCGCUCGGCGCAGCCAGGGCAGCCGUGCGCGGGCCUCGCGCGCCUGCCAUCCUGCCCGCGUGUCCUGGUCUCUUCUGCUCCUUCCUCGAAAGCAAACCCAGGCUGCGCAGCCGCUGGUGCUUCCCAGCUCUCCCACCGGUGCUAGGAGCCAGGCAGGCCGCCAGGACUGCGGCCUGUGGGUGUCCCGGUGGCGGGCGAGGCACCGGAAUGCGGGGCGUGAGGAGCAGUUUGCUGGAGCAAAGAGCAGGUUUAAUAUAGUAACAUUAACAAUGUAUUUAAUUGACAUUUCUUUUUGUAAUGUGACAAUAUGUGGACAGAGAGGAAGGUGCAGGUUUAAGAAGUUAAUAUUUAUAAAAUGUGAAAGACAGUCACUAGGAUAACUUUUUUGUGGAUGGGUUUGUGGGUGGGGUGGGCUGAGGUUCCCGUUUUGUUUCUUUGGAUUUGGGGGUGGUCCUGGCCAAGAACUCAGUCAUUUUUCUGUGUACCAAGUUUUGCCUAACUCAUGUGCAGGUGAUUCUAAAAAAAGAAAAAAAGGAAAAAAAAGGAUGAAGAGAAGUGUGCAUUUUGUACAAUGGCCAGAACUUCGUUGUGUGACAGUAUUAGCACUGCCUCAGUCACAGGUUUAAUUUUUGUUUAAACCUAGAAGUGCAACAACAGUUUCACCACAGUCUGCAUCUGCAGAAAAACAAAAAAAUUCAACCUACUUUUUUUUUUUUUUUGCCUACCUCAUUGUUUUUAAUGCAUUGAGAGGUGACUUAGUUUAUGUUUUUGGAAGAAAACAUUAAUGUUUAAUUUAAUCUUUAUACCAAACCAUCGGAUUGGAGUUCGGUUGUCACUUGUCACAAGUCACGCAGGCACAGGUGACGCUGUCCCCAACAUAGCCAGCCCGGCCCGUUUGCCCCCUUGUCUCGGCCGUCCUGGUUCCCAGAGCAGUUGGUGGGCAGUUGUCACCUGCAGCACAAACACUGCCUCGUUCUGUCAAUUGGGGUCAGUAGCAGACAGAGGUGGUCCCGUUCGGAUAGUCACACAAACUGCGGUGUUGCAGGAAUCUUUUCUUGGGGUGAGGGGUAUAUCCCUUUUCUAAAAAUGCAAUGCACUAAAACUAUUUUAAGAAUGUAGUUAAUUCUACUUAUUCAUACAGAUGGCAUCUUCCUGUGUUUAGGUGUACUAUCGAAGCCCUGGCUUUCCUUGUUUUCUCACUUGCUCUGUUUUUUUAAACUAAUUUUACUUUAUGAAUAUGUUGGUGACAUUUGUAAUAAAUGUCUUGAGUAAUAA